AUGGCUACUAUGAAAGCUGUCGGAGUUUCGAAGUACGGUCCGGUGGAUAACCUCGAAUCGCGAGUUGUCCCAAAGCCUGGUGAUCCUAAUGGCCGACAGGUCAUCGUGAAAGUCAAAGCUUGUUCCGUCAACCCAAUUGAUCACAAGGUUCGAUCAGGAACCUAUGACGAUGCGCCGGGUAAUCCCACCACCUCCGACUAUCGGAGCAAGACUGACGAAUUGAUAGAUUACUAUGAGCACGUCCCAAAGGACUUUCACAUCAUCGGCUUUGACGGCGCCGGUAUAAUCGAGAAAACCGGGCCUGACUGCCAGCUCUUCAAAGUUGGCGACGAAGUCUCUUGGGUAGGCCCAACGACUGAACAGGGAACUUAUGCGGAGUAUCAGCUCGUGAACGAACUAGCUUGCGCCAAAAAGCUAAAGAAUCUCGAUUUUGUCGAUACAGCGAGCUAUGGGUUGACUUUCAUGACAGCAUAUCAGUCACUGUAUCGAAGGAUGGAGGUCAAGCCUGAAGAACAGACAGCUAUCUUGAUCAUAAACGGAGGAGGUGGCGUUGGAAGUGCUGCUAUUCAGCUUGCGAGGAGAGUUCUUAAGCUUCCGGUCGUUGUAGCCACGGCAUCGCGACCUGAGACGAUCGACUCGUGCAAGCGAAUGGGCGCUACUCAUGUCAUAAAUCAUCGAGAGAACCUUGUGAAACAGAUUGAAGAUUUAAAGCUCAAUAUCCCGAUCAAGUAUAUCUACAUAGUCGCCCGAACCGAGCAAUACACCAAUUCCAUCGCUAAGAUCUGUGCGCCCUUUGGAAAGGUCUGUACCAUCGUACAAGCGGACGUGAGCCUAUACGGAACAGAGUUUAUGUCCAAGUCACUGACAUUCUCGUGGGAUUGGGUUGGUUCUGCUGCAUAUCAUGGCACAGGCGUUGAAGAUUAUCAUGAGAUGCUAGCAACGAUUUCCAGUCUGAUGGAGGAGGGUACAUUGUCCUCUACAGCUGGAACUCGUCUUAGGUUGACACUUGAGGGCUUGAAGGAAGCGCAUAGGAGGGUGGAAAGUAGUAGUACUGUUGGAAAGAUUGCGCUUGGUGUUGAUGAGCCUGGGGAGGGUGAGCCUUUCGCUUAG